AUGGCAGCUAGAACCGCGGAAGCAGUAGCACCAAGCGACGCUGCGACGGGAAGAAUCAACAGCAAAUGUCCAGCAGACAAGAGGCCAGACGCGGAACCGACGGCUAGGUCGUCUCCUGAAUCUGAAGAUAUCUACACGGAUUUGUGGUUGACCGGGAUACCGUGGGCAACGUCGUCGCCACCGAACGUGGAAAACCUCGAGUUGGAGAUGCCGGUGGCCCCAGCACCCUUGGAUGCCCUCCGCAGCGACGACCGAGGCUCGAGGGAUGACGACGACGAGGAGGAGGACAGUGUACGGGAAGCUACGCUCUUCAUGCACCAGGAGCAAGCAGCGUCUCUGGUGCAAGGGAAGGAGCCCAGAGGUGGCAGCAGGGUCGGGUUCGCUCCACAGGAACCACCAGUGGUGCACAUGUCCAGCAAAACAGCAGUUGAUGUGAGGACCGCGACCUCCAGAGACGGGGGCGAGAGGGUCGCUGGACACGUGAGUGGUACACAAGAACCUCCGCCGUGUCGUGGUGCUUGUACCCCUGCCAACACCGAGGGGGUAAUCGCUUCCGAGAAGGGCUUGCCUGUGCCGUUGAGUGUCUCUACCGGAAAAUGUGGGCAGAGGGACGACAGCAGCGGUGUUCCCGAAGGGGCCCCAGGCUGCUUGGGUGACGGAACGAGCAUCGUCACCAGAAAACCGGGCCAGAUGACUGGCCCCCAGGCGGGCCUGUCGGAGUUAGGACCACCUCUAGCUGAUGGAGCGGAGACUGUCCCGGGGCCGGCGCAUGCUCCUCAUCCACCCCCCCCACCGCCACCAGUAGCUACAGGGGCAGCCGACACGACGGCCCCAGGUGCUCUGCAGGAGAACACGCACCUCUCGCCCCCCAUCUCUCCCUCUACCCCUCCCACAAUCACGCAACCGAUCCCACACCAAAAGCUCUCCCCCAACGCAGAUAAGCCUACCGCCGCCACCGCAUCCCUGCCCGUCUGGGCUUUGCUACCUCCGGCACUCCCGGGCCUUGACGUGACCGCUUCGCCGUCGUACCCUCAGUCUGGGCCUCGGCCAGCAUCCAGCAUCGAUACCGUGCCCGCCGAUGCGGGCGGAAGCAAUACUACUGCUUUGGCGGGUUCUGCUAGGAAUGCCGCCGCUACCACCUCCACCUCCAACUCUCCCUCUAGUUCGCCUAGAUCAGCACCAUCGAGCACACAGGCACCAACAACCGCAACAAAAUCGGGAACAACAGACGGGGCAGGCGACGCAGAGCAAGCUGCACCAAUCACAGAUUUAGUGGGCGCAGCGAUGGCGUGCGGAGCAAGGGUAUCACCAUCAGCCUCAGGGCCAUGCCCGACCGGUCAAGGAAAGAUCAGUGGAGCUCAAGCCGAGUCUUCGCCCUCCGCCCCAAAGCUUUCUCCUGCUGCAUCACUAGCUUCUUCUGGAUGGACAGCUGAAGCCUCAAAAUCCUGGACCUGCGCCGGAGGCACCUCUCGGAACGCUGCGGACAGUAAACAUGACGGUACGGAGAGCCUUCAGGGCGCCGUUCUCAGGGAGGGGCCCAGCAGCAGGGAUGUUAGACCAUGCGAGAAGGUGUCAACUUCGCGAGGAAGAAGUGACGACGGCGAUGGCAGGCGAGGGGAUGGACCAGGACCAAGCGCAAGAUGA